AUGGGGGGAACUGGUGGUGUCACACACACGUUUGUGCAGCAGAACGAUCCCGCAUCCAAUCCAAUGUUGAAGAAAACGACGUUGGGCUUUGCCUUGUGGGUGCGACCCAGUUGCGGUUUCUGCGCCAUCCUAGACAUGCGAUCGCUUAGCACCAAAGCGAAAAAACAAGAAGCAAAGCGCUUUGCCAACUUGAUUCGUUCUAACCUACUGAUAAUGAGGCCUGUGGUCUACCUUACCGCACUGCUCGCCAGUGCUGGUGUAGCUGUUGCCUGCGCUGGAGACAAGCACCAUGAUGAUCACGAAUGGACCAAGGAAGAGCUGGAAGAGCUUGAAAGGAAAUGGGGGAUGGAAUGGCCAUUUGUUGGCAUUGGGUCCUUUGCUCAUCUUAAAUACGUAAAAUGCCUCACGGCACCGAGUGAAGACUUUGAUAUUGCAAUCGUUGGGGCACCUUUUGACACUGCCGUCAGCUACCGUCCUGGAGCCCGGUUUGGCCCAAAGGCUAUCCGCCAGGCAUCAAGCAGACAGACCACGUUCCGCGGCUUCAACCCCCGUGCAAAUAUUAAUCCGUACCACAACUGGGCAAAGAUCAUCGACUGCGGCGACAUCCCAGUCACGCCAGUUGACAAUGCCAUGGCGCUCACGCAGAUGACGGCAGCCUUUGGCGAGCUUGGCAGGCACAAGCCGACAUCGGGCCUUCUGCAGAAGCCCAAGCUGGUUACCCUGGGAGGCGACCACUCGCUCGCGCUGGCGGCCCUCCGAGCGCUCAAGGAGAUCCACGGCCGGCCGAUCCGGGUGCUGCACUUUGACGCACACCUGGACACGUGGCACCCGGCCAAGUACCCGUCGGCGUGGCCGUCGGAGCAGGCCCACUUCAACCACGGCAGCAUGUUUUGGCUCGCGGGCAGCGAGGGCCUCAUCUCCAACUCGAGCGACGCGCCGUCGGUGCACGCGGGCCUGCGCACGCGCCUGAGCGGCGACGACUGGGGCGACUACGACGACGACACGGCGCAGAACUGGAAGCGCAUCGCCGCCGACGACAUUGACGAGCUGGGCGCCUCGGGCGUCGUCCGCACCAUCAUGUCCCACCUCGGCACCGAGGACCCCGUCUACCUGUCGGUCGAUAUCGACGUCCUCGACCCGGCUUUUGCUCCCGGGACGGGCACGCCCGAGCCCGGCGGCUGGACCACCCGUGAGCUCAUCCGGAUCCUGCGCGGGAUCGAGGACCUCAACGUCGUGGGUGCCGACAUCGUCGAGGUCUCGCCGGCGUACCAGGGCGCAGGGGAGGAGACGGCGCUCGCCGCGGCGCAGGUCGCCUACGAGAUCAUCUCGAGCAUGGUCAAGAAGGGAAUGAAGGACAUGGGGAAGGAGACGGCGAGUGGGUUUAUUGGUGUCGAGCGGGAUGAGCUCUACGCACUCAACUUGAAAAAGAUAGCCUACAAGACGCAGCUUGUCGAGCUUCCCGACGUCAAAAACGUCCGCAAAUCGCUCGACUGCGCGCCGGUGCGCAAGCACCUGGACGGCAGCGACUUUUACACGCUCCCCAUCAUCAAAAACAUAAAAACCGGCGAGAUAGUCGGCGAUUCGUUCGACAUCGCCCUGUAUCUAGAUCGCACAUUUCCGACGACGACCGGCCCACGGCUGAUGGCGGCGGGGACCGAGGGGCUUACGGCGGCGUUCAACGCGCAGGUCGACGCGCUGUGGGUGCAGAUUGUGCGGCUCGGCAUGCGCAACUUCCCCUUCAACCCGGCCAACGGGCACAUCUACAAGGCCGAGGCGUGCGCGAGGUUCGGGGCCGAGAGCUGGGAGGCCAUGGACACGCAGACCGAGGAGGAAAGGGUCAAGAUCCUAAAGGACGGCGAGGCUGCGCUGGAGCCGCUGGCCAAGUGGUACCGGACGGACGAGUCCGGGCCGUUCCUGGCCGGGGCCCAGGUGGCGUAUGCCGACAUUGCGGUCGGGGGUUGGUUGCUCAUGUACUCGGUCACGUUUCCCGAGGACGAGUUUGCGCAGGUCCUGGCAUGGCAUGGUGGAGUGUGGGGGAGGUUGCACGAGGCGCUUGCGGCGUAUCGGUCCAAGCAGAGCACCUGCCAAGAUCGCUUGGCCACGGAUGCAAAAAGCUUGUCCUCUCGGAUGCUGCGUUACGCCGCUACGACAUUGAACCACUUCACGGCCAUCGGAAAUCCCGACUUUGACCAAGUGACUAUAACCUGCAUUGAACUAGUCGGUCGGUCUGCGUUUAACUGGGCAACGGUCGGUUGCAGAGAUAUCCAUGUGCGUUAUAUCUGCUGUUUUAUUGGAUGCCGGGACUGA